AUGGUAUAUACAGGUCAGAAACCUUUCGAAUUUGGUAACAGAUUCAGUCAUCUUGAACAUGCAAAAACACACAUGGGUAUCCAUACAAGGGAUAAACUUCAUGAAUGUCCAGAGUGUGGUAAAAGAUUUAAUCGUCUUGGACACGUGAAGCAGCAUAUGGUUGUGCAUACAGGGAAUAAACCUCACGAGUGUCCAAUAUGUGGGAAAAAAUUCAGUCGUCGUGGAGAUGUGAAGAUACACAUACUGGUGCAUACAAGAGAUAAACCACACGAGUGUUCAGAGUGUGGGAAAAGAUUCAGUCGCCGUGGAGAUGUCAAAACCCACAUGCUGGUGCAUACAAGAGAUAAACCUCAUGAAUGUCCUGAGUGUGGGCUAAGAUUCAGCCAUCUUGGACAUAUGAAGAUUCACAUGAUGGUGCACACGGGCCAGAAACCUUUUGAAUGUGCCGAGUGUGGGAGAAGAUUCAGAGAACGUAGCCACAUAAUUAGACAUACAUUAGUGCAUUCAGAUGAUAAACCUCAUGAAUGUCCAGAGUGUCGAAAAAGAUUUAGGCAUCUUAGUAGUAUGAGACGUCACAUCAUAUUAAUGCAUUCAGGUGGUAAACCUGACUUGGCCUAG